AAUAUAUAGAGAGAGAUGGACACAAAGCAAAGGGAAAACAAAGAAAAGAAAGGAGAGGUUGAACAUGCACUGCACUUAGAUUUUGAAUAUUUCAAAUUACAAUUUACAAAAAGAUUAUGGAAGACACUGAAACUUUUGAAAAUCUCAGCCAACAUUCCAUCUUCUAGACAACCUUUUCUUCUUGGUACAAAAGAAAAUUCUAAAAAAGCACAUGCAUUAUCUUUUAUGGUUGUUGAUGACCCAAAGGUGACUCAUGCAACAAUUAGUAAAAAGAUUCAUCAACUUCUCCUCAAACCCCUACAAGAAAUGUUCUUAAACCAUCAACCAAAACUUAAAUAUUUCUCACUGACCAUCACAAUUCACAAUACAGCAAUAUUCCACUGCAGAAUCAGAAUCACAAUGAAGAACUUACUCAGUGGAGAUGUGGUGGAUAUUCCAAUGAAUUCAGCAGUAUGCUCAUUUGAAAGGCAGCCAAAAAGACUACUAUCCCUAUCUUCUUGCCAAGACCAUAUUGUUCCAUUUGUAACUUCAAAGAUCUUAUCUAAAUUAAAGCAAAGAAAAUCUGUGAUUGGUAAGAUGAGCAAACUGGGAGAAAGGAUGGACUAUCUUGCGCAAGGCAUUCGCGAACAUGUGAGCCUUAGCCCGAAGCUAACAGAAACUGUGAAGGGAAAAUUGAGCCUCGGGGCAAAAAUACUUCAAGUAGGAGGGUUGGAGAGAAUAUUCAAGCAGAAGUUUAGUGUUAGAAAUGAUGAAAAGCUAUUGAAGGUUUCUCAAUGCUAUUUAUCAACUACAGCUGGUCCAAUGGCAGGGCUUCUCUUCAUCUCUACUGAUAAGAUUGCUUUCUGCAGUGAGCGAUCAAUAAAGCUCUUAUCUCCAACUGGAAAAUUGCUUAGAAUCCGUUAUAAGGUAUCGAUCCCAAUAAGUAAGACAAAGAAAGCAAAAGAGAGUGAAAAUAUGGAAAAGCGAUCACAGAAGUAUAUACAAGUAGUUACAGAGGAUGAUUUUGAGUUCUGGUUUAUGGGAUUCCUUAAUCAUCAAAAGACACUGAGAUAUCUACAGCAGGCAAUUUCAAGUUCUUCAAACAAGCUAAGAAGAUAGUUUUUUCUCCUUUUUUUCAUUUUGUUUCAAAUUCGCCCAUUCAUCAAUGUAAAAUGUUGAUGCAGAAACGAAUUUACAGAUCAGUUCAAACUUGUAACUAGCUCCAUUGUUCAAAGGAGGUCUUAGGUUUUGUAGGCUUUGAGCCUUAGGAGUUAAUAGUUAAUACGGAUGUAUAGACUUGUUGUAAAACCAAUGCAAAUGGAAGGCUAAUCCAUCUUUUGGGACUUGGCCAUAGUCAUGCUACCAUUUUCAUGGUAAUCUAUGGUGAAUCUUGAUUCAUCCGA